UAAAUAUCUGGUGUGGGUAUACGUAGUAGCAAACUCGGGUGUCAUAAAAAAUAUGCAAGUACAUAAAGUAUUUAAUAAUUUUAUGUUAUAAGUAUCAAUAGAACACUUUAUAUAAUAAAUACUUACAGUAUGCAAGCAUUUUGUUUUGCAAAAAAACCCUGCCUCUUAGUCUCGGUUUAUGCGAUGAACUUUAUGCCUUUUCGGAAAGUGCCUAACUUCUUAAUAUGAGUGGUUUUCGAGUCUUAUAAAGAGAACUACACUGUCGUUCGACUUAUAUCAAAUCAUUCAAAUUCCAAAAUGAUCGCUUUAAACUUAUCUAAUAAAUUGGUGGAAUUCCUGGGACGCGUUCCGGUAUUAUACAUACAGGAGAAAAUCCUGAGAAAAUGGGCUGCUCCCACCGCCGGACUAUAUCCGUUCAGCGUAAAGGAAUCCUUGAUCCUCCUGAUGAGCUGGUUUUGCAUCAAAUUCCUCCCGACACACCACUACCGUUUACUGCUCUGUCUGGCCGAAAUUACCGCCAUCCUGGUCUUAUCCGUGUUCCUUAACGGAGUGGUACCCAAUGCCGAAUACCGCUGGUACAACUUUCGUCCACCGGAAUACACUACUGUGUUGCUGCAGUUAAUCAUCUUUCGCAUAUUAGACACUUGCCUGGAAGGGACCUGGCAGUUGCUGCUAGUGUCCUGGCAGAAUGUUGAACUUUUUCGGAAAUAUAUUGCGAAUGCUAGUCAGCUGCGCCAAUUGUUUUUUUGGAAUUAUUUGACAUAUCCGUGGAUUUGUUACUCUUUUAUCACCAGUGAUGGGGGCGCUUGGAGUGAGCGUGCGAAACCCGGUGUACUGAAAGGUCACGAAGGGCACUGGAUUCUUGUUUUUGCUGUCGCGAUUGUGGAAGUUUUCGAGGUCACGGUUUUCUUAGUGAUCUACUUCAUGGAUUAUUUUUACCGGAAUUUUGAAUUGCGCCUAACAGCAGUAAAAUGUGGACUGCUGUAUUCAUAUUUUCAACAUAUCUUCUGGCCGACAAUUCCUUUCCGAACCGAAGCGUAUGCCUAUCUUCACGUGUGGAUUAUGAAAAUCAUCAUUAGUAUUUCAUCAUCACGUCCACCCGUUCGUGAAAUCCUUUCGGGUUGGUAUAGCCAUCAUAAUAUUCAUAAAUAUAUUGGGAGUUUUCUGUUCUCUUCCAUAUUGAAAGCCUCGUGUGAGAGUGUUGUGGCGUUUUGGGGUUUCAGUUAUUUCUUAGCAGGAUGCACAAGCCUGUUUAUCCAGUGUUGGCAUUUCAUUACCGCCUUAAUAAUGGGUGUAUCGUACCGAUUUCUGCUGGAGCCCGAUUUUCGUGCAUUUGAUCAGAGUUUGCUGCUGCAAGUAUUUAUUGACGAUUUGCAGCUGGACCAUUUCACUGCAGUGCGGGCGUUGGCCACGAAGCCCACUAUCACGCGUCAGCUGAUCGAUGUAACGAAGUUAAUGGGAAUCUUUUGCGUACUGCACUAUUUGUUUCUCAUUCCGCGAAGAUGUAAACGGUUUUUAAGAGAGAUCAUUCAAAAAGAAUUGCCACUUCCGCCGGUUAUCAUAACGAUCCUUAAUUCAGCGGUGCUGCCCAUGAUUUUAACAUUCAAACUCUUUCUUAUUUCUAAACAUUGGAUGAUCGGAAAUUUUGCUUUACUGUUCACUUCUCCGCAACCGUUUCGUAAUUGGUUGACACUGGAAAUCUGUAGCAGCAUUUUGUACAUAGUGUUUUACAGUGUUUUGUCGGGAUUUUUGUUACCAGUUUUAUAUGUAGUACAUUUGCAAAGGUCAGACAGCCUCUCUAUCGUUCAGACUAAGGCUUUUCAUAAAGCGAUAAAAUUUUUAGAAAAAUUUGAAAACUUUGCCAAUUAUCUUAGUCAUUGUGGAAUUGUGGGAUGUGUAGCCAAUAUUGCGGCUUUAUGGGAAAUUUAUCGUCGAUGGGAUGCAGUGACCUUAUCCGGUGUACUGGAACUGUGCGGCCAUGUUGUUCUUUUCUACGUUUGUAUGGAGAAUUUUAACCAUGUUAUCAAAGCGAAACGAAAGCGGCGAGAAGUUUUAUGUUUUCAACAAUGUGCUCUGAAGUUAACGAAACCGGUCACGGGAAGCAGUUUAACUUGUUAUUUGUGUAACAAUACGGGGGAUGAUUUUCUGGCUUUGCCUUGUACGCACUCGUUUCAUAAGGCUUGUUUAAAAAUAUGGUUCGUGCAAAAUUGUGUGUGCCCUGUAUGUCGGAAAGAAAUCUACAUUUGAAAGCACAGCACACACUCAAAGCACAGUCUACUGUAUUAGCCUUAUGUACUACGAGUAGCGUAAGUAACACUGGAUUUGCGCUAGUAUGGUUUAACUGAUAAAAUGAU